AAAACAAGGAUGUUAUUUGUCAAAAUUGUAAAGCGUGACAUUUAGCUAUUUGUAUGUUUCAGAAAAUUGGUGUAAAUAUAUUGUGUUCAAAAGGAAAACACGUAUGGAUGCUUAAACCUCUUUUAGAAAAUGUCGGAACAAGAAAAGAAAAGUGGCAGCGCGAACAGUUCGCCGUUAGUUGUACUCGAAAAUACGGGCAAUAGCCGCCACAAACCAUCGCUUCAUCGACACACACAAUUACAAGAUGACUCUGAACUUCAUCACAAGCGCUCUAAAGCUCCUGCAGUGCCAUCUGCCGUUGCAGAAGAAUUGAAAAAUUUGACACAAAAAGAUGCUGCUGAUGAAAAUAAACCCAGAAAAGAACAUGCGGUGUCUUCGGAAAAGGUAAAACAAACAUCUAAAACGCCGUCACCCGACACGAAUAAACGAGGAUCUACUCCUGAGUCGAUCCCAUUAAUCGUUAUGGACGUAGAGGAAAAGAACGUUGCACUAACGCCAUCGUCCCAGCCGAUACCGGAUAAUAUUGAAUUGGAAUCAAAAAUUAUAGUUAAGGCUCCUGAAAAAGAGGCAGAUAAGAAUGAUGACGCGGACAGCAUAACAGACGAAAUCACCGAGUUAAAUGAUCCAAAUAAAAAAUAUGCAAAUUGGGAUAUAGAUGGCAAGAGUCAAGCUUGGAUCCUGGAGAGAAGAGCAUCAGUCGGCCCGUGCUACAGACCCGGAUUGCCGUUCGAAGGGCCGUCGGGAAUCACGAUACACAUGCCUAAGAAAUCGACAAGCAUAUCCCGUCCUUCAGGCAUCAGUAUCAAUAUAUCGAGGAGGAAUAUUUCGACUAAAUCGCUGUUUCAAAAUAUUGAUUUAGGCCCCGAAAAUGAAGUGAAACGACGUGAGAAGACUAAGGAGACCGGAGAUAAAUUUUUCGUGUGCUUGAAAGGAACUUUCGUGAACGUUCAGAACAAGAUUAAAAGAGUUUUUAAUUGUUAGCUUAAAGUCCAAUACUUUGUUAGAUAUUAUUAUUGUUUUUAAAUACUUUAUUUUUUCUAAAUUACCAUUUUAU